AGGACUUCAAGUGCUUCACCAGAAUUAGUGGGUUGAUGUUCCUCCAACGCCUGCUUGUAUCAAAUGACAAGUACAUAAGUGUUGAACACAGAGUAUUGACAAAUAAACUAAGUUCAAGAAUAUCAGUUGCAUGCUUCUUUGGUACAGGUCCAUUGCCAUCUUCCAAUCUUUAUGGACCAAUUACUGAAUUGUUGUCAGAAGAUAAUCCUCCAAAAUAUCGCUCAACCACAGUGAACGACCACACUGGUUAUUACCGUAAAAAGGGUCUAGAUGGAACUUCUGCACUGUUGCAUUACAAGAUCUAAUCAUAGUGAUGUAAUAAUUGAGUUUAUGAUGAAAACUGAGAGUUUAACUUUUGAUGUAUCUUAAGAUAAGAUGGUGAAACAUGAACUGUUUAUGUUCAUCAAAUAAAUGAUUGUCAAUUAAAAGGAUACUGGAGUUC